AUGCGAGCGCGAUCUGUGGGGAAUUGGGGGGAAGCGGCGGCUUGCGCGGGCGCGGAGGGGGACGGGCGGACGGCAGUGGUGCUGCUGGGAUGGCUCGGCGCGCAGCAGCGGCACAUGCGGCAGUAUGCCACGUGGUACAACGCGAGGGGUAUCGAUGCGAUCGGUUUCGUCAUCCCUUUCACCGACAUAUUCAGCGUCAGGCUCGGCGAAAAGGCGGAGCUGCAUGUCGACGAUCUGGUUACGGAGCUUGAGAGAUGGCUCCUCGAGGGCGCGAAUCGCGGCGCGACGCACGGCGCGAUUCACGGCGGGCUGGGAGGCGGCGGGCGCCGCUCGUUGCUGUUCCACACGUUCAGCAAUACUGGAUGGAUUGCGUACGGCGCAGCGCUGCUGCGACUGCAGCGCAAGUACGGGAAAGCGGCAGUGGAUGGGAUUAUAAAGGGGUGCGUCGUAGACUCCGCGCCUAUACUGGAAGAAGAUCCGAAGGUGUGGGCGAGCGGUUUCUCAGCGGCCAUUCUGCAGAAGCGCAGUGCUGCAACGCGCAUGGGCUCCCUUGUCAUUGACUCUAUCGUCGGCUGCUCCCAGCUCAAAUCCGCCCUGCUGCAAGCCAGCACCCUCCCUGCUGCUUCCUCCUCUUCUGCUUCUGCUGCUGCUGCUGCUACUGCUGGUGGCGGUGGCGGUUGCGUUGCGUUCACCAGUGUGACUGUAGCCCGGAGUGACUGCAGCAGCAGCUGUGAGAGCCUGUACCCGGGGCAGGGGCAGGGCUCGUGGCAAGUGGAAGGGCAAGGGCAGGGGGAAGAGCAAGGGGGACUGGAUGGUGGGGAGGGGUUGUUUCCUUCGCCUGCUCCCUGCGGGUGUGAGCUGGUUUGGUGGCGGGCUGACGAGGCUGAGAGAUUAAAGACGUGUGGGAGCAAGGCAAGGGGAAGUAAGGCGUCUGCAGGUGCCGCUGCGGCUGCUGUGGCGGCAGUGGCAGGCAGUUUGGGGGAUAGAGGCAUGCGAGAAGUGAUCGGCUGUGGUGCUGGUCCUGGUAAUGGCUGUAGUAACGGGUGUGCUUCAAGAGGGGUGUCUCAGCAGGAUCAGCAGCAGUGGUUGCUACAGCAGCAGCUGAUAGCUGUGUACAGAAUGCAAGCAGAGAAGCAGGAGAGAAAGCUGGUGUUGGGAAAAGAGCUGAGAAAAGAGCAGGAGCAGGGGAGCGGCCUUCACUUGCAGCAACAGCAGCAGCCACGGCAGCAGCGGUGGUGGCAACGAGGAGGGGGGAGAGGCAGGGCGGGCGGGGCUGCGAGCAGCAUGGUGCAGGCGUGUGGGCGGGCGGUGGGGGCGUGUGGGCGCGUGGCAGUGGCGGUGGUGAGGGUGGUGAAGGUGCGAUUGGAUGCGCUAGAGAGUGUGCUGGUGACGGCGCUCUGGCUCAUCUUCCAAGUGGCUCUGCGCAUCCCCUACGUCAAAGGGAAGCUUGGUGAGGUGACUAACACUCUGCACCACCACCAGCCCAACUGCCCGCAGCUCUACUUCUACAGUGAAGCAGACAUAGUCAUUCCGCUGCCCGCUGUUGAAAAAUUCAUCCUCGGGCAGCGGGCCCAAGGCCACAGGGUGAUGUCGAUGCGAUUCGAGUGUUCGCCUCACGUGGACCAUUUUCGCACAUUCCCUGAGCUGUACACACAACAGCUGGAAACGUAUUUGAAAGCGUGCCUACCGCAUCGUUUCAGUCAGCAGCAAGACGGUUACCAGGAUGGGUGUGGUUAUGAGCACAAGACAGUUGCAGCGGUGCACAGUGCGACUGCCCAGUGUUAG